CAAAACGGAACAAACGAGAUUUCUCCACGUAACGGAAGCGUGUGUUUUAUCUCAAUAACUGUGUGGAAAAAGUGAUUUAAAAUCGUAUUCUUUGAAAUGUUUUUGUAAAAUUAGAAACCAUAUCGAAGUAAUAGUGAUUAUAAACAUUUGAUCGACCCCUUGGCCAGAAUGAAGCCGCUGGGUCUUCCUUUGAUAUUUCUACUAGCAGUCGGUGUGUUAGGUGUAGAUAGGAAUAAUUUUAAGACAUGUGAUCAGUCUGGUUUUUGUAAACGGCUGCGACCAUUCAAACCGGAGAAGUCUCAGUAUACACUUAAUUUGGAUACAGUUAUAGUCCACGGAAAUGUUUUAUCCGCAGAGGUUACUACUGCGAAUACGGAGGCUGAAAAGAAAGUUCCAUUGUGGAAAUACUCCUUAACACUCUCAGCACUAGUAGAUGGAACAUUCAGGAUUCAAGUUGAUGAGGCUGACCCCAUCUAUCCUCGUUAUAGAACACAACUGGCUCUUGAUGGAGAACCUAAGGCUGAUGGACUUCAAUUAGUGUCAAAGGAGGGUGGUAAACUAACAUUGACCAAUACUCAAGGUCACAAAGUCUUGAUAACUGCGGAGCCCCUCAAGUUUGAGUUCCUAGAUCAGAAUGGUGAUGUAGCAGUGGUUAUUAAUGAGAACUCACAGCUUCUCAUCGAACCGCUGAGACUGAAGCGUGAGAAAAAUGAUGAAGAUGAAGAAAAUGCGGAGAAAGCUGUUGAAGUUGAGGAAGAAGGUACUUGGGGAGAGAAUUUCAAGUCACAUCAUGACAGCAAGCCACGAGGGAAUGAGGCUGUCUCUCUCGAUGUCUCCUUCCCAGAUGCCGAUCAAAUCUAUGGUAUACCGGAACAUACGGACAAGUUUGCCCUCCGUACAACGACGUCCCGUGAACCGUACCGACUGUACAAUUUGGAUGUGUUUGAAUACGAAUUGGACAGUAGGAUGGCGAUAUAUGGAGCUGUACCUGUCUUAUAUGCACAUGGAUCAAAACGCACAGUGGGUGUGUUCUGGCACAACUCAGCGGAGACCUGGGUGGAUGUUGUCAACUAUGCUGACGGGACAGUUGUCUCCUCACUCGUCAAUCUGGUCACUGGUGGCCAUAAGAGACGUGUUGAUGCAAGGUUUAUAAGUGAAUCAGGUAUUGUGGAUGUGUUUGUGAUGCUGGGCAACAAGCCGGCUGAUGUGUUCCGACAGUACACAAAGCUCACUGGAGUAGCUCCAUUGCCACCGAAAUUCUCAUUGGCUUACCAUCAGUCGCGAUGGAAUUACGUGGACGAGGCAGAUGUGCGCGGUGUUGAUGAAAACUUUGACGUCCAUGACAUCCCUGCUGACGUCAUCUGGCUAGACAUCGAGUACACGGACAGAAAGAAGUAUUUUACCUGGGAUUCUGAGAAAUUCCGUCAUCCAGCGGAGAUGGUGGCAAAUCUGACAGCCAAGGGUCGUCGUCUGGUUGUCAUCAUAGACCCACAUAUCAAAAGGGAAGCUGGAUACUUCUUACAUGAAGAUGCGACAGAACAAGGCCUAUAUGUCAAAGAUAAAGAUGGAAAUAUUUAUGAAGGUUGGUGUUGGCCUGGCUCAUCAUCUUACCUGGACUUCUUCAACCCGGCUGCUUCCAAGUACUACUCAGAGAGAUAUAGAUUUGAAAACUUCCCGGGAACCAGCAAAGAUGUUCACAUCUGGAAUGAUAUGAAUGAACCUAGUGUAUUCAACGGUCCAGAGAUCACAAUGCCUAAAGACUGUAGACAUUACAAGCCACCUCAAGACGGACAAGAUGGACUUGCUUCUUACUGGGAACACAGACAUAUCCACAAUGAGUAUGGUCUAUGGCAGAUCAGAGCCACCAAUGAGGGUAUGUUGGAGCGAGCUGACCACAAGUACAGGCCCUUCAUACUGACCAGAUCUACGUUUGCUGGUACACAGAGAUAUGCGGCUGUAUGGACGGGGGACAACGCGGCUGAGUGGGGCUUCCUGCAGGCUUCAGUGCCAAUGUGCCUGUCUCUCGCCGCUGCUGGAGUCAGCUUUUGCGGUUCUGAUGUGGGCGGUUUCUUCAAGUAUCCUGAACCUGAACUGAUGACCAGGUGGUAUCAGGCUGGUGCAUACCAAGCGUUCUUCCGCGCACACUCGCACAUAGAGACAAAGAGACGUGAGCCCUGGCUGUACGAGCCCUCCACUACUGCACUACUCAGAGACGCUGUCAGGAGGAGAUACGCACUGCUUGACUUCUGGUACACUUUAUUCUACGAGCACACAUUGGAUGGCACUCCGGUGACGAGGCCAUACUUCCAGGAGUACCCCAAUGAAGAGGAGACAUACACCAUUGAUGAUCAGUAUUUAUUGGGUGACAAACUGCUUGUCCGUCCAGUACUGGAGGCGGGUGCGAAGAGUGUCAAGGUGUACCUGCCCGGCCGUGAUACCAACACGCUUUGGUACGACGUCGACUCGUACCAAGUGCAUAAAGCUAACGGGUAUUUCAAUCAGGAAGUUAAUAUUGCUAAGAUCCCAGUGUACCAGCGCGGUGGAUCAGUAGUGCCGCGUCGUGAGCGUGUGCGCAGGUCCUCCACACUGAUGGCCAAUGACCCCUUCACAUUGGUUGUGGCGUUGGAUGCCAAUAACACAGCGCAAGGCUCCCUCUACAUUGAUGACGGAGAAACAUAUGAAUACAAGAAUAAUAAAUACAUCUACGCCAAGAUAUCUUACGAACCUAAACAGAUGACAUACACGCUCGUGAAUCCAUCCGCGCAGUUCUCCUCCCGGGCUUGGAUCGAGCGCAUUGUGAUAGCGGGCAUUAGGGCUGCGCCCCGCACCGCGCGCCUGCACCACGGGGGGCGAAGCACCGCGCUGCAGAUGACGCUGCACCGGGGUAAUGACGUCCUUGUCAUACGGAAGCCCGGGGCUCCGGUCUCCGAAGACUGGUCCAUACAAUUCGCAGAGUAAAUGCGGGUACUUGGAAAAGGGGGUAAAAUAAUUUAUUGACACCUCCUAACAAUGUCACACGA